GUAGAGUAUUUUUCAAAUAUCCUGUUUAGUCCACGAUGUACCUCAUUCAAUAAGCCAGUAUGAUGAAACAGUUGGAGCAGCCUUAAAUGAAUUCGUUAAAUUGAGUGGGGAAGUCGGUGGCGAUGUUAAAGAUGCGGUAAAGGUUGUCAAAUGUGCUUUUACAGAAAUGAGGAAGUUUAUUUGGAAUGCCAGCGGUCAGGUGGAACUGAAUCCUGAUGAAAUGAGUGCCAAAACGAGCCAAUUAAGCCAGGAAGUUGAAAAAAUGAAUGCAUUAGCUUCGUCAAAACGUACUUCACCCUUCUUUAAUCAUCUUUCUGCUCUUUCUGAUGGCCUCCCCGCCGUAGGAUGGCUUACAGUGAAACCGACUCCUGGUCCGUUUGUCGCGCAAAUGCGUGAUGCGGCGAUGUACUAUGUAAACCGUGUGUAUAAAGAUUAUAAGGAUGGCGACAAAGUGCAUACACAGUGGGCUAAGUCUUGGGUAGAGUUACUUACAGUGCUGGAAAAGUACAUCCGUCAAGUCCAUACAACUGGUUUGGUUUGGAAUUCAUCUCCGGGAGCUUUGUGUCCUAACUCAGAUGCCGCUGAAAAAACUGGAAGUUCACCGCAAAGUGCAACUGUUCCUCCACCACCUCCUGUAAUUCCUCCAAGUGUGUUUUGCCUGUCGGCUGUUUUUUUUGCUGAUAGUAGAUCAGCUCUUUUUGCCGAAAUAAAUAAAGGCGAAGACAUAACUAAAGGUCUCAAGAAAGUCACUAAAGAUAUGCAAACGCAUAAAAACCCUGCGUUAAGAGCUCAGGUAGCUAAGGAGACGGGAAGUUUUUCAGCACGGAGAGAGGUUGAUAAACCUCCCAAGCUUGCGUUGGAAAACGGCAAACAGUGGAACGUGGAGUAUUACAAAGAUGAACAGAAUAUUGUUGUCGAAAUCACUGACAUGAAGCAGACUGUGUACAUAUAUAAGUGCGAAAACUGUGUUAUUCAAGUUAAGGGUAAGGUGAAUUCUAUAACAAUGGAUGGCUGUAAGAAAACUUCAGUUGUUUUCGAAAGUCUUUUGUCUCAGGUUGAGAUUAUUAACUGUCAAAGCGCACAAGUUCAGACUCUGGGUGCAAUGCCAACAAUAUCAAUUCAAAAAACCGAUGGUUGUCAGGUUUAUUUGAGUAAAGAUUCUUUGAAUGCAGAAUUUAUAACUAGUAAAUCGUCAACAAUGAAUAUACUGGUUCCGUCAGCAGAUGGAGAUUUUCAAGAAUAUCCGAUCCCUGAACAGUUCAAGACAAUUUUUGAUGGGAAAAAACUCCAGACAACUGUAUCUGAUAUCGUUUAA